UUGAAUUUUUUAUUCUGUGUUUGCCAAAUUGUUUAUUUCAGUCAUUUUUUAAAAAUUGCUUUCAUAUUCUGUAUUUUGUACUUCUAAUGCUCUGUAUUUUGAUGUUUUGAACGUUUGCCGUGAGCCGCUUUGGGCACAGCUAGUUUCAGAACAGUGUCAUAUAAAUAAGCUCAAUCAAUCCUAAUCAAGAGGGAAGUUACUGAGAGUCUGAGAUACCUCAUAUCGGUUUCUCCUUCUCCGCUGAUCCUUGCUGGUUUAUGAGGGAGGAACAAAGAGCUGUGAGAGGAGGAGUCAGAAACAAUGAAGGGGAAACACAGUCUUGCUUGGAUGAGAAGCAGAAGGAAAGUCAGCACAGACAGCCUUGCUGGUUUAAAGAGGAGGAUCUGAUCUGCUGGGAAGCGAGAGGGCAGAAGGAGAAGACCAUUGUGUUGGAAAGUUAAUGACUCUUGCAAACGAAACCCUGGGCUGGAGCUACGCUUAUAAGAUGGGUGAACAGGCUUAUUUCUGUUUCAGUGUAUCUGAAGAAGUGUGCAUGCACACGAAAGCUCAUACCAAUAACAAACUUAGUUGGUCUCUAAGGUGCUACUGGAAGGAUUUUUUUUAAUUUUGUUUCGACUACGUCAGACCAACAUGGCUACCUACCUGUAACUAGGCUUAUUUGGCCACCUCAUGAGAAGAGAAGACUCCCUGGAAAAGACCCUGAUGUUGGGAAAGAUGGAGGGCACAAGGAGGAGAAGGGGACGACAGAGGACGAGAUGGUUGGACAGUGUUCUCAAAGCUACUAACAUGAGUCUGACCAAACUGCAGGAGGCAGUGGAAGACAGGAGUGCCUGGCGUGCUCUGGUCCAUGGGGUCAGGAGGAGUAGGACAUGACUAAACGACUAAACAACAAUCCUAUGCAGAAGAAUGAAGUUGUCCUUCUCACAGUCGUGAAACAUGGAGGGGGCAGUCUGAGUUUGAUUUGGCAUGAAAAGGGAAAUAAUUGGCAAUAUUGUUUGCUAGCACUGAGGGCCUCCUUUCCUCAGCUCAAACCCUCCCAGAACACCCUUGCUGGUGUCAAAGGAAGCUCCAAGAGAAGACUUAAUUCUUUUUGUCAUAUUUGUUACUGAGCUGAAGGGGGGAGGGGAGAGACUUCCCCUAUGAUGAGUGUGAUCAUCUCCCUUGAAGGUGUGGAGUGGAACGGAAUCUCUAGGGCAGAAAUGUUUUCCUGAAGGAUUUUUUCUUGUCAUGUGUCAGUCAUUCACCAAUACAAAAUAAAUAUCAGACACUUUUAGCCAUGCAGUGGAGAACCCAACCCAUCAGGUGAAAGGAAUUAUGGGAGCAUCAGUCUUGUUUCCUGCCAACAUAUCUCAAGGAAUAACAGUGGAGAAAAUGGAAUGGGACUUCUACCCUAAAAGUGGGGGCCUGGGCUUUUGGCUGGGGGAAUUCAGUCAUGGGAAACUGGAGCACCCAAGUCCCACCGAUCGGUUUGGACAACGGCUAGACAUGGUGAACGAGACAACACUGAGGAUCAAAGACCUGGAAUUGGAUGACGGUGGGAUCUACAAUGCUCGCAUCUGGUUUAUGAAAUCACGGUUUCAAGAACAGAGUUUCAACCUCACUGUUUAUGAGCCAGUGCCAACACCACAGGUACUCCAUCAAGAGGUAUCCAGCACUCCAGAGGAAUGUAAUGUGACCCUGCAAUGCCAGACACCUGGAAGGGAAGAACUCAAAGUCUUCUGGGAAACAGGGAAUCCCCCCAGGGCCUUAGAAAGCAGCCUAGAUGAGUUCCAGCUUUCUGAUAAUGGGAGGCAACUCCAUGUCUCCUGGGAGACCAUACCUUUUGACUCCACAUUCACUUGCCUGGUCAGCAACCCUGUCAGCGAAAAGAGAGCCUCAUUUGACUUGUUCCACAUCUGCUCCAGUAUUGAAGGUGAACGCAAUGGAACCUGGGAGAACCUGCGGCUUAUUCUUGGCCUCUCUGCAGGUUUUUUGUUGGGAUUGUUGGCGAUUGUGGUGAUAAUAUGCCAGUGGAGAAAAAUGCGUCAAAGAGGUAGAACCAUCUGUAUAAAUUUUCUUCCUGUCUCACCUGGGAUUGAGGCUCCCUACCAAUAUGCCUCUACCUUUGUUGUGUUUAUCAUGAGAAGCAGAAUUAGGUCAGUGCCAUUGAAUAAAUAUAGUUUUUCAUGUUACACUCCACAGAAAUUGUCCGUAUGCUUCCGGAGAGGGGAAUUUUUUUUAUUGCACACCAGAACUCAGAAGAGAGGCACUCACAACUUUUCAGGUAAGAUGAGCAUGCAAAGCAGGGAUGAUGCUAGAUAAUAACAAUGGAAGCAACCAGUAUGUUUGGGAAGCAUUUAUUAUGCAUAAACAUAUUUUGAAAGUGGUAAUUUGAUUUUUUAAAAAAAAAAAAACACCAGGGAAACACAAAACAGAAUUAAGGCAGCAGGGCUCAGCCAUAACUCCUCCUUCUUACCAUCAGUCCCCUAAUGGAGGGAGAGACAGCCAACCUCUGCAAAGAGCAGCACAGGGUGGGUUGCUUGCAAGAGUGUUUCCAAGCAGCCCCACAUUGUUCUUAGGUUGUGUGUGCCUAUUCCCAUCAGGAAAACAUUCACACUCAGCCAAACUGAGCAGGAUUGAACCCUGAUCCAAUCCUCCUGGCUGUGAGGGCCUGGCUUCCCACAGGGAAAGGGCUUGUGAAAUAGCACUGAACAGGAUUGCACCCUUCUCUCACCAGCUAUUCUGGACUCUUACUAAAAUACUAAUUUUAUCAUUAAUACAAACUGGACUCAUACAAUAACUGAGAUACACAGACUUUACCUUUAAAAAUGUCACUCCUGGAAUAAGGACACAGACCACUUUUGUCUUUUAAAAAUGGGCAGCUUUAGCUAUGGGAGCCUAUACAACCAAACACUAACCCUGAAUACUGGAAUGGAGAGAUAGGGAAGAGCCCUGUGGCCUUUCUUAGGGCACUGCUGGGCCUGGCCAGGGCUCAGUUCAUGUCCAGGGUUUAGGUGGGGUCAAAUGCUCAGAAACCCUUUUAGGAGUUGCACCUGAGUGUCUCCUGUCAUGUUCUGUAGCUGAUUAUAUUUUUCUCUGCCCCUGCAGAUUUUCUGCAUAAGUGAGGAAUUCCACAUAAGUUCCAUACCACUUUGGAAAUCCUGUCUUCCUAUCCAUUCUGACCCAGUAGCAGACACAUAUACCUCAGAAGAUGAACAGACCAAGGGUUUGGAGGAGCAGGCAUGUCGCUUGGAACCAGUGCAAGUGUUUGUCUUGAGGCAACAUUGACAGUUCAUCCGGCACAAUGGCCAGAGCUUCCCUGUCAGGAGCAGGUCACCUUCCUCCUCAAUAGAUGGAGCGUCCCCUCGUCAACAAAUGGAGCGUCCCCUUGUCAACAGAUGGAGUGCCCCCUCCAUAAUCAGAGAACCUCCUCCUCGGUCAGAGAUUUCUCUGUCUGCAGCUGCAGUAUCCUCUCCUCAACAGUGGGAGUGCCGCCUCCCAGCGGCGGAGCAUAUGCCCGUGCUGCCCAGGGCAGGCGCGCUCCUGAGGGGGGCGUGGAGCAGAGGGUGCCCUCCCAGGUGCGGGGUAGCCACUCGGGUGCCCGGAGUGGCGUGUGCACCCUGCAGCCAGGGGCAGAGCGAGCCACCCAUGGCGGACAUUCGGCACGCCGCCCACCCACGACUCCCAAGCCUCCCCCAAGCUGUCAAAAUGAAGGGGGAAGGGGGGAAUGCUGCUGACAAAGCAGCACAGCUCCCCCCUUACCUCAAUGGCUCGGGGUAGGCUUGGGAGUUGCAGGCGGGUGACGCGCCAAAUGUCACACACACACCCUCAGUGAGGGCACCUGGGGCAGUCUGUCCCCCUUCCUAUGCCCCUGCCCCCUCUCCAACAGCUGGAGCGCCCCCUUGUCAACUGCCAGGUGUCCUGAACAGGCUGUUUUGCAGAGGAAUUGGCGACACCAGCUGGGGAACCCCCAGGGGAAGGAAGCUCAGAGCCAGAGGAUUGUUGGAGGGAUGAGUGGUUAGGGGAGAAGAGGGGGCAAACUGGGGGGAAGAGGAGGUGUCAGAAGCUGAUGAGGUAACAGGGUUUAAUGAGCAGGAAGAGGCGGUGGAAGAGAGAUGUCCAGAAUGGAGGCGGAAUCAGAGGCCGGAGAGGAGGUAGGCCAUGAAGUAGAGACAAGGCAGGCUGCUGAAGAAGGCAGGGAGUCUCCCUCUCCUGCUGCGACCAGCUCCCCUCCCCUUUGGUCUCCCAGAAAAUGAAGAGGAAUGGAGACAGCAGAGCAAAGAGAGAGAAGCCAGAGCACACCCACCCCUCACCAGCACCCAAAAACACUGGCACCUAAGUUCUUUUAAAAAUAUUACUUUUAUUAAAGAUUCUCUUGGUUUAUAAAA